AUUGGAGCGUUGCCUCGCCUUUGGGAUUAUUGCGCUACAGUCAUUUCGGCAAGUCGUGUUAUCUACCCAAACUGGAACAAACCACUUAGAUGGACUUUAAAAAGCCUUUGGCUGGAGUUACGUCAAUGUCCAUGGUUCCUUUGCCUAGCAAGAAACCGCGUAGGGAUGCUCCAAGUAUGGCAAUUACUCCUUUCGGUAGUGGCAUGUUCAAAUCAAGUUCUCAAAUUAUACCAGCUGGACAGCAGGGGAGUGUUCCUCGAACAUCGAACUUAAUGUCGCCAAAUAUGCUUUUAAAUGGUCAUGAAAGUGAAGUUUACUGUGGAAAAUUUGCUUCCGAUGGAUCGUUCCUUGCAAGCGCUGGAUUUGAUCGUCGUAUACAGCUGUGGGAGACUUAUGGUGAAUGCGAAAAUAUCGUGACAAUGCUGGGUCAUGGUGGUGCUAUUUUGGAUUUAGUGUUUUCGUCAGAUGAUUCAGUUAUUUAUACUGCCAGUUCUGAUAAAUCUGUUGCUCUAUGGGAUACUGAAAGUGCUCAACGGAUUAAAAAAUUCAGGGGUCAUGAAAACAUAGUAAAUUCAUGUGCAGUUGCUAGGCGUGGUCCUCAGCAUGUAUGCUCCGGUUCGGAUGAUGGAACAGUUCGACUUUGGGAUAGACGGCAAAAAUCCUGUGUACAGACUUUCCAAAAUACAUAUCAGGUUCUUUCGGUUACCUUCAGUGACACAGCUGAGAUGAUAUUUUCCGGUGGUAUCGACAAUGUUGUGAAGGGUUGGGACCUGCGGAAGUUGGAAUCAAGUAUGCUGCUCAAUGGUCAUACAGAUACAGUUACCGGUUUAUCUGUAAGUCCAGAUGGUUCAUUUCUGCUAUCCAAUGCUAUGGAUAAUACGUUACGUUUGUGGGAUGUUCGCCCGUUCGCUCCGGCAGAUCGUUGCUUGAAGAUUUUCACAGGUCACCAGCAUACAUUUGAAAAGAAUCUUCUCCGCUGUGCGUGGUCAUCUGACGGUCGUCGAAUAACUGCUGGCAGUGGUGAUCGUUAUGUUCAUGUGUGGGACGUAAAUACACGUCAGUUGGUGUAUAAACUACCUGGCCACACAGCUUCAGUAAACGAAACUGCAUUCCAUCCAACCGAACCGAUACUUUUAUCUGUUGGUAGUGAUAAGAAGAUCUUUCUGGGUGAAAUCCUACCUUGUAUGUACUGACUCAAUGUUUCUUUCAAAAGAGCAACCUUAUCUGUAUAAAAAUGAACAUCUUUUAACGUUAAUUAUACUUAUAUAGCAAGUUUUAA